AUGAAUCCCGAACCAGGAGAAUAUCGAGACUUUCCUGAACCAAAUAUCGUUGUUAACGAUGAACUCGCACAUCCAUUUGAUUCACCGAACCAUGCGGAAACUAUCAAUCGACCGUUGAACGAUCUUCCAGGAAUCGAAGAUUCAAGAUUUUAUUCAGAUAUUCCGAUCGAUAAUUCAAUUCCAGUUGAAAAUCAGUCCGACAAUCUCACCGCGGUGAAAAGCUCCAAACUGAACGAACAGUUCGAUGAUUUUCAAGAGAUUUCAUCCGAUCAGGAAGAUCAGUUCUUAGCGAAGACAAAACAAAUGAAUUUCGAUGAGAAAUUUCAAUAUUUACAGAACGAAUUUGAAAACGCUCAAAAGAUUACGACUCUAUUCCAAAAUCAAUUAAUUUAUGUGAAAAAUCUCAGAGACAAAUUGAGUUUCUUCUGCUCGGAAUGUCGAUCGGAGAUCAUCUCGACAUUGAAUAUUCAACAAAAUACCGAGAAUUUAACCGAAUCACAGUUCGAAAUGUUGACUUCGUAUGCUCCGGAAUCGAAGUUCGUUUCAUCGACCGUAGCAAAAAGAUUACUCAAUCAAAAAUCGGAUUCAAACCUUGCGAAUGAAUAUCAAAUUCGGGUGAAUCAUGCUCGAUCGAUAAUGAAGAUCUACAGAGCAACGAAAAAGUUACAGAUUCGAUUAUCAACAUUGAAUGAUCUUCUAGUCAAAUCAGUUCUUUCGAAAAAUGAACGUUUUCAUGAAAUUGAACAAUUUGCUCUUCUUCCGAAAAAGUUCUUUGAAAGUGUUGAUGAUGUUUAUCAAUAUGAAACGACGAAAGGAAAAGUUUUUAUCCGUUGUAUUGACAAACAGAUCAAAGAAAACGAAGUGGAGAUAUUUUGUAUUGAUCAUUGGAAACAUCCGUUGGCACAAAUCAGUUAUAAUUUAGCUGAAAAGUAUUCGUUUAUAUUCGAUAUUCAUUUUAAACGAGUUAUUACGUCUUAUGAUCAAUUAACUAUCGCCAUUCCGUGUUUUUUACUAUCUUCAACUUCAAACCAUCGACAAAUGUUUAUUCGCUUGAAACGUUCUAUGGAUCCAUUGAUUCACAUUCCCGCAAGAGUCGAACUCUAUAAUGAAAUUCAUUAUGCAGUCUUUCGUCUGACGCAUUCCCUAAGUGACAUUUCAGUCGAAGCGAUUUUCUUUUAUCCAUUCGAAAUCUUAAAAGAAUCUCAAAAUGGUUCGAAUUGCAAUUAUACCUGUGAUCAUUCAUCUGCAUUUCGAAUUGAAACACCGAAAAACUAUUUCAUUCGUUCGCCACGCGUCCGUUUUGUCCCAUUGAAUCAUGAUCUUAUCCAAUGUAUUCACAGUUUGAAAAACGAGGAUCAAUUAUUAUCGUCAUCAGAUCUGAUCGAAAUCCAAUGGUUUAAAGAAAACAAAAUCGAAGGUUUUGUCAGCAUAACUCUUCAGUUGACUCGACAUUUCAAUCGAGUUAACCAGGCCAAUGAAGAUUUGCGUAAACGACGUCGAAAAGGUCAAAGUAAUACAAAAUCUUCAACUAGACUUCUCAUCAUUUGUACUUUCUUAGGAAAGAUCCUUUUUCAACGUCAAAAGUUCGAACAAGAUAAAUACGACGAAACCGGCAGUUCUUUGAGUAUAACACCAACACCAACGAACAUUUCGACUCCAUUGAACGGCAUCUCACAUUUACCAACAUUAUCUUUCAUUCUCGAACGAACACAGAAUGAUCAAUCUGAAGAGAUCACACGAAAAAAACUGAAUUUCAACCGGGAAAAUAACUCACAAACGAUAUUCAAGUGGAAGCUGGAUAGUUUUCAAAAUCAAAAUGCUCCUAUCAUUUUACUUGGAUAUAAAAACCGAAAAUGGAAAAAUUGUAAUCAUUUAGUGAAGAUUUCGACAACUGAUGACAAAGAUACGUUCGUGAUCCAUUCCACAAUUUUAGUCGAUCGGAUGAUUCUCAUUCGUUGUUGGCCGGAAUCGACCAACGAAGGAAGAUUCGACAAAUUAGCGGAGAAUCUUUGGUCCAUGUCAUCAAUGAAAUUGUUUUCUUGUGUUCUCGCACGAGAUCCAACAAGUUUAACACGUUACGGACUUGUUAUCAUACCAAUUGAAAAACAACAUCUCGCCGAAGAUCUUCUUCGACAACGAAACUAUACGGAAUGGAUAUUUAAUGAACAAUCUAUCGAAGAAAACAUCAGUCAGACAAGAAUUCAUCAAUAUCAAUCGCAGCACACUUUAUCAUUCAAUGAAUCGGUGAAGAAUAUUUCGAAAUAUGUACAAUUUUGUCUGCAGGAAGGAACUUAUGUAACGAUUUUUCCAACCGGGAAUAUUGAUUUGCACGAAAAAGUUGAACUUAAUCUUCGAUUACACGCUCAAUAUCCAAUUUUCCUCGAAUUCGACAUUUAUCCAAUUGAUAUUUAUCGUCAAAAGACCGACGAAGACUUCAUUGGCACCUUAGAUAUCUACGAAAUCAAUGAACAUGCGACGACAUUGAAAUCAAGCAGUAGUACAUUAGCUGCUGCUGCCGCUGUUUCGUCUCGAACAUCGUCUGGUUUUGAAAUCAGUGAAAAUUUGCUAGAGAAUACAUCGCCUCGUCCAUCGACAAGCGGACGUGAGACAAUAAGUGAUAAUCGAUCUGUGACUUUCGAACGGUUGACACUACGCGAUCUGAAAGAAACCAAUCUGAUCUGUAAAAUUUCAAUUCGUCUUCCCAAAUACGCUUUUCGUUCACCAUCAGCACAACUGAAUACAAUUCCAAUAGAAAUUCCACAAUUUUUUCACGAAGUCAUUCAAUCCUUAACCGAAGGUAAACGAGAGUUUGCUCAAGCAUUGAACAUCCAUCCAUCGUUAAUCAACUCUCUUCUAACAACAUCAAUACCUUCUGAGCAACGAACUCAAUCGAGUACAUCUCUUCACGGCCAAUCACGAACGAAUUUAUUCCUCGAAUCUUUACCAAAGAGUAAAAUCGAAAGUGAAACGUUAGUUAAAUGGUUCAAACGACAAAAUGUCUUUCAACUGACUGAAAUUCUCGAGAAGAUCAUUUCUGCUUUGAUUCAAAUCGGUCGAAUUGAUUUAGCUUACACGUUUAAGAUUACAAAUCUAAAAAAUAAAUGCUCGUAA